UUCGAUUGCAAGUAAACACACACUGACGAAUAUGCAUUGUUGCUUUGAAUAAAAGGAUCCGCCAAAUGGAAUGGAUUAGCUAAAAUAGACAAACAUCAAACCACACCCCGUUGCAUCUGAAAGAACGCGUGAACGCGCCGCGCGCUCAAACACGAUUGAUGUAUCCAUGAAGUCGAUACUACAAAGAUGGGGGAUUUCUUGCCCUCCCGGAUUGCUAUGGUUUGUAUUCCCAAUUGUCUCCUCUCUCACAGCGAAGUCGAUCAAAUCAGAAAGUCUAAGGAGAUCGAUAAAAGCCUUUCUCGCGAGAAGACCUAUGUGAAGAAACUGGUGAAGAUAUUGUUGUUAGGAGCUGGCGAAAGUGGCAAGUCAACUUUCCUCAAACAAAUGCGAAUAAUUCAUGGGGAGGACUUCGAUCAGCGGGCAAAAGAAGAGUUCCGGGCUACGAUCUACAGCAAUGUUAUCAAAGGUAUCAGGGUACUGGUGGAUGCCCGUGAGAAACUUCAUAUUCCUUGGGGAGACCCCGAUAACCAGGUCCAUGGGGAGACGGUUAUGACUUUUGACACCCGCUCAUCCAUGAUGGCCAAAGGGAUGGUGGAGACCAAAGUCUUUAUGAACUUCUUGCCCUCCAUCCGUGCACUGUGGCAAGACAGCGGUAUUCAGAAUGCUUAUGAGAGACGGCGAGAGUUUCAGCUGGGUGAAUCUGUGAAAUACUUUCUGGACAAUGUGGAUAAACUUGGAGAACCGGAUUACUUGCCCACCCAAAAAGAUAUACUUCUGGCACGGAAGCCCACCAAGGGUAUCUAUGAGUAUGACUUUAACAUCAGGAAUGUUCCUUUCAAGAUGGUAGAUGUGGGAGGGCAGCGGUCGGAGCGUAAGCGAUGGUUUGAGUGCUUUGACGGCAUAACCUCCAUCCUCUUCCUAGUCUCAUCCAGCGAGUACGAUCAGGUGCUUAUGGAAGAUCGGCAGACCAACAGGCUCUCUGAGUCGCUCAACAUCUUCGAGACGAUCAUCAACAAUCGUGUCUUCGCCAACGUCUCCAUCAUCCUUUUUCUCAAUAAGACAGACUUGCUGGAAGAGAAAGUUGAGAAAGUGAACAUCAAGGACUAUUUCCCAGAUUUCACCGGGGAUCCCCACAAACUCCUGGAUGUGCAGACGUUCCUGGUGAAGUGCUUCCAUAACAAGCGUCGGGGGGAACAGCAGAAAUUUCUUUACCAUCACUUCACCACUGCCAUUAACACGGAGAACAUUCGCCUCGUCUUCCGUGAUGUCAAAGACACCAUAUUACAUGACAAUCUUAAACAGCUUAUAUUAAGUUGAGUAAAUGGCACAAGACAUUCCAUUUUAAUUAGGUUUUUAGUUUAUUUAAUACAAACAACAAGUGGUUCUAUACAUGAAGAGUUUCGUUGCAAAAAGAGGUGACUCCGUUUUUUAUUUUUCAGAAAUCUCGUAUUUUGAUUGUGCAUUUCAAUUUAUAUCAAUUCAACUGCAGUUGGUUUGUUUUAAUUUAAACCUUCAUAACUUAAAAAAUACAGCUAAGUAGCACCAUAAAACAAAAUAAUAACAUGAUAACAUAAUAAUAAACAUGUUUUGACAAAAAUUUUAAAAACGGAGUUAUCUCGUUUUGCAACGAAACUCUUCACAUAUUGUGGUUAAAAACAGAUUGGAUGAUAAUUAUGCAUACUUUAAAGUUAUUGCUGGACAUUACUGUCAUAUAAGUGACAGAAAUUUGAUAUAAGCCAAGAAGCAAACCUUUCGAAGCUUGUUGUAGCUAUAUCAGAUAUGCUAAGGAAUGAUCCUCAGUUAUUCACCAAAAUGCUGUAAUUAUAAUGGUUUACUGUAUGUUUAUAAAUGUGUAUGUUGUAUGUAAUAAUAACACUCCAGUAACUCAAAGGUAUAACACCCAGUUUUGGUAAAGCCUUUUAAAAAGUGAAAGCUCAGGGCUAUAAAUCUUUCUUUCAAACAGCUCUUCUGCAUUUUUGUUGACAAUAAAGUAAUACAAUUAAGGUACUUUUGUACUUAAAUUUGUCAUGUAUAAGAAAAGGGAAAGUAUCUUUAGACAGCCACCAUUAAAGCUUGUACAGAAUGUUUCUCUGUAAAAUUUGUAAUAUUUUUUAAAUCCUACUCUGACAUUUUUUUACCCAGCGUUUUUAUCUUUAACAAAUCUCUGCGUUUACCACUAAAGGCUGUUCUAAUUUGUCAUUUACUGGCUAUUGACCAGUAAAGAUGCAGAAUUUCUUACAAGCCCUUAUACCCACAUUGAGUGGUUGAAAUUUGUACAUUUUAUCGUUUUUGUAAUGAAUUUACUU